AUGAAACCAAAAAUUUCCCGCGAAACCAAGAAAACCCAGAAGCAAAAUCAACCAAACGAAGAAAUUACAAGCACCCCAGAUGAGUUCUCUUUCUCCAUAAUGAGAAUUGCAGUUUCCCAGAUCUGCAAAUCACUCGGGUUUAAAGGCGCCCAAAACUCAUCCCUUGAAACCCUAACUUUGAUCGCCACAAAGUACCUUCAAGAGCUUGGCCAGUUGGCUGCAUCCUACUCCCAUGCAUCCCGCCGCACUGAAUCCAACGUUUUUGACCUCGUAAACACCCUCCAUGACCUCAAUUUGAUACAGGGCUUUGUUGAUGCUUCAAAAAUUGAGGGCAACUCUUGCUUGUUGAGUUCUAGGGUUUUGAAGGAGCUUAAAUGUUUUGUUAAGUACAGGGAUGAAACCCCAUUUGCUAAACCUGUUCCAAGAGUGGAAAAAAACAAACUUUUGAGUAAAGGGUUGGUAGCUUGUGGUGAAAAGGAGAUAAUGAUGAAGAAGAAUUUGCAUAUUCCGAAAUGGUUACCGGCUUUGCCGGAUUUGAGAGUAGGUGUUUGUGAGAAGAGGAGAAGUUUGUGGGAGAAUUCAGGGUUGGUGGAGGGGGAGGGGGAAGUAGGUGGGGAGUUGAGUCUAAGAAAGCAAAGUUUGGGGGGUGAUUUGGUGAAGGAGAGAGAGAAGGUGAGGUUUAAAAUUGGGGUGAAAGGAAAUAUUAUGAGCAAUGGGAUGUCUAAUGGUGAUGGGAGUGAUGAAGAAGAUGAGAGGAAGAGAAGGAGAUGUUAG